AUGUGGCAAACACAGGCAGUCCAUAUUACUACAAACAAUAAAGAAAAUCACUUUCAAAAGACUGAAGACAAGUUAACUCUUGGAAUGACUUCUGCUAUAUCUACAGCAGAGCCGAAACCAGUCGAUUUAGUGAAAACAAGGGAGUUAAUAGAGGCUCUGAAACCUUUUGAUGUAUUUGAAAGUGAACAAGAAUUAAACAAAAGGAUGCACAUUUUAGGAAAACUAUUUAGUUUAGUGAAACAAUGGAUAAAGGAAGUUUCUCUAUCGAAAAACAUGCCAGAAAGUGUUGCUGAGCAAGUUGGAGGUAAAGUUUAUACAUUCGGAAGUUACAGAUUAGGGGUUCAUAAUAAGGGGGCUGAUAUUGAUGCACUUUGUGUAGCUCCCAGGCAUAUUUUUAGGUCUGAUUUCUUUUCAUCAUUUUAUGAACUUCUUAAGCAACAGCCAGAAGUUACUGAUCUCAGGGCAGUAGAAGAAGCGUAUGUACCUGUUAUAAAAAUGGACUUCGAUGGUAUAGAAAUUGAUAUGCUCUUUGCACAGUUAUUACUUAAAGAAAUUCCAGAAUCGAUGGAUUUAAGAGAUGAUAUGCUUCUUAAACAUUUGGAACCUAAAUGCGUCCGAAGUCUGAAUGGUUGUCGAGUGACAGACGAGAUUUUAAGACUGGUACCAAAUAUAGAAAAUUUCAGAAUGGCUCUGCGAGCUAUCAAGCUUUGGGCGAAAAGGCAUGGAAUAUACAGUAACGUAUUAGGUUACUUGGGUGGUGUAUCCUGGGCUAUGCUAGUAGCAAGAACAUGCCAGUUGUACCCAAACGCAACAUCCUCUACACUCGUUAAUAAAUUCUUCCUUAUAUUUUCGAAAUGGCAAUGGCCUCAACCAGUUUUACUAAAACAACCUUCUAACGUCAACUUAGGAUUUCUGGUGUGGGACCCCAGGGUAAAUGUUCAAGAUAGAUACCACCUCAUGCCGAUCAUUACACCUGCUUAUCCCCAACAGAAUUCCACAUUCAACGUUUCACAAUCGACCAGAACGAUUAUGGUUGAAGAAUUCAAACAAGGUCUGCUUAUUACCGAUGACAUAAUAGUCGGCAAAUACGGAUGGGAUAAGCUGUUCGAACAACCUCCAUUUUUCACUAAAUACAAACAUUUUAUUCUACUGCUGGUUAUGGCAGACAAUUCCGAUGAUCAUUUGGAAUGGUGUGGACUUGUUGAGAGUAAGGCGAGAUUACUAGUAGGUCAGCUGGAGAGAAACCAAUACAUAACCCUAGCACACAUAAACCCCGAAAGCUAUGCCAUGCUUGAAUCCGCCAGAGAACCCCACACAUUAUGUUCCAUGUGGUUCAUAGGACUUGAGUUUGCCAAAACUGAAGGCAUCAGCGUCGAUCUAACAAGAGACAUUCAGACAUUUACGGAACAAGUCAAUAACCAUGCUAUCAAUAUCAAGAUGCUGAAGGAUGGAAUGAGGUUAGAUGCCAGGCAUGUCAAAAGGAAACAGCUCUCACAGUAUCUUGCUCCGGGAGUCCUUAAGAGAGAAAGGAAAUUAAGUAUCACUAAGAACGGGGUCACACCGGAACAAAAUAGAAAGAGACAGUCUUCGGAAGUUGCUCAAGAACACAGUGAUGCUCCAAAUAAAAAGACGAGGUUGUCAGAGGAUAUUGUCUCACAAGAGUUCGAUGAAUGCUCCAACACAUCAAUACACAUAGAUUCCAGCAGUAAUUUAAGUCUAGAAUCGGAGAGUAAUGUUAGUUGUACAUCCCCGGCCUCUACUCCUUCCCAUAUAAAUACAAAUUCCACCACCACAAACGUACCAGAAACGGUGUGUACGUGA